AUGUCAUGGCCGCUGCGAGGACGAAAUGGCAAUUUGUUCCUCCUAAUUGCGUCGAUUGUCUGUAUUUUGAUCACAAUUGUAAACUACAAUGUGUUACGAGAGUUGCCUUCCGAUUCAACGUCCUGGACCAGGUCCAGUGUGCAAGGUAAGUGAAUUUUUGCCGCAUGAUUUCACGGUUCACUUCUUCUGUCGUUUUUUUGGUAAAUACAGCAUUUGUUUUGAAUGGUGCAGAGUAACUCCGGUUUAGCACUAGUUUGUCCUUGCGACUGGGAUAACUUGAGAACUAUCCCUUUCAUUUGUAAUAAGCCCACAGAAAAUCGUUUUUUCUCCGUAGGCUAUUAAUCCCAGAAUCAUUGACUGAAACUUAUAUUGGAAAAAUAACUUCUUGAAUUGCAUAUUUAGAAACGGAUGUACAGCAAAUUUUUGCCCUCAGCGUCUAUGAUCAACAUUCUUUCGCAACAAUUUACUAUAAGCUAUACCGUUAAUCGUAAAUUUAUAACUCUUAAGCUGAUUUCUUGAUGCAUAGAACUAAUGCCAUACUGUUGGUGUCCUUUGAUGACUUCCACGUGAAGGGCAAGUUUGUAAUUUUUAUUCUGAUAAUCCAUUUGUAUUUUGGGCUCGUGCAGUGACUGAAUAUCAAACGAAAUUUAUUUUACCCCACCUAGCCUUUUUAUCUCUCUAUUCCUUAAUUUCUCGCUUUCGCGACCUAAAAUGCUCGAGAAAGUCGUCCACGUGUAGUGAUUGAAUUAAAUCUCACUUUGACACAAAUGCAAUGCUAAGCAAUGAAAAAGCCAAAGAAAGAAUGUUCUGAUCUUUAGGUUUCGGGAAGGAGGCUCUACUCUUGUUUUCGUGUUUUUUUCUUUUAUUCCUCUUUACCACAAGUAUUCAUACAGAUGGACAAAAUUAUCUCUUUACCAAGCCUCGUUGUGAACACUUGCCACUGUCGGUGGAUGGAUAUUCUUUUCAAUUAUGUAAUUACUGCCGUUGAAAUUUAUUUAUAUAAAAGUUUGCAAAUUAACAACUUCAAAACAAAGCUUAGUGGUGUAAUUUGCUCAUCUGAUGUAAAUGCAUAAAGCUACUCAGGAUUAUUUGUCGUAAAUUUUAUCAUAGGUGUUUUUUUUAAUUCCCAUGUAAACAUAUAAGCUUAAAAUAAUCUAGGUUAUCUUGUGUCAACGAUCCGACUUGGCAGUUUAACUACUAUUUAGUUUCGUACGGCGGGUAUGUGGGGCACUCCUCAGAUAAAAUCUGAGGAGUGCCCCACGUACCUGUGGUAUGAAACUAAGUAGUAAUAAAAAUGCCAAGUGGGAUCAUUGACACCGGAUAACCUACAAUUAUUGUAGAUUAUACUCUGCUCUAUUACUUCUAUUGAGCACUCUGCAGAUAGGCGUGCAUACAAAAACGUAUCAACUGGUAUAAGCUUAAAAAUACAUUUGUAUCUUGUUUAAGUUACUCAUUCUUGAGGUAAGGUGUUGUGUUACUUAACUCAGAUAUUUUUUUUUAAUGUGUGGAUAAACAACAAAACAAUGCAACCGAUUUUUACUUUAAUUUUCUUUUAUUUUCUGCAGUAUUGUUUGAAAAAGUUAAUCAUACAAUAUUUUCACCAAACUUAAGCUUUAGAUAAUAAAUGAAAAGAGAAAUUAACAUUUGACAGUCACUUAAAACUGAAACUUACUAGCAACUGGCAGCUUGAAACUUGAGUUUUUUUAAGUUGUAUUGUUGGUUAGACAGUAGAGCACAUUCUUAACUUUCACUUGGUCUGUGCCUUAUCCUCUGGCUUUGGUAUUUCAUGGUGCAAAACAAUUUGCACUUUGUCAAUCAAUCAAUCAAUCAAUCAAUCUAUCUAUCGAUAGUUGAUCAAUCAAUCAAUCAAUCAAUUAACAAAACAUGUAGCAUUUCAUGGAAAGAAAGAGCAGUUCUAUCAGCUCUUUAUUCUUGGUAUUCCAAAUUAUUAAUUUGAAUUAAAUGCAAUUAAAGGGUUCCCUGAAAAAAGGGCGUAAUUUGCUUAUCAUAAGCAAAUAUGGGAAACCCUUCAAUUAUUCUUCACUGAUUAAGAUUUCAUAACACUUUAAGCCCAAUAUAAACAUACCAAUUCUCUAGACUGAUCUCUAUACAUUUCCCUAAAGAUUUAGUUGAAAGAAUUUAUUAAAAGAUCAGCAUUUCCCCAUUGGUGAUCAUCUUAUAUAUUCCCAUAACCUUUUCUCUUAAUGUUGUAUGGAUAUUAUUGGGAGAAAACUGAUCUUGCAUGGUCACUCAGGUACUGUUUUGUACUGAUUCUACAACAGGUGACUGGGAAAACAAGGACUUUGAACAGCGGUUAAAUCGUCUUGAGAAACAUAUCUUCGGAAAAGGUAACAUAAUGAGUUGAACCUCCAUUAAGCAACCAGUCCCUCGGAGUACCCGCAAGUGACCACUUAACUCUUCAAGUCCCAAUAUCCACAUACAAAUUCUCCAAACUGGUCUCUAUACAUUUCCUUUAAGAAUUAGUUGAGAGAAUUUGCUGAAAGAUCAAAGCAUUUUCUCUUUGGUGAUCAUUUUAUUAAUUCUCAUAACCUUUUCCUUUGCCAAUGCAUUGAUAUCGUUAGGAGAAAAUUGAUGUUGAUCACUGUUGGGACUUAAAGGGUUAAUGGAGGUCAGUCGCUCAAUAGAGGUGCAUCAUAAAUCAGCAUAAUCUAUAGCAGAAACAUCACUGUCUUUAUUUUGGAAGAAAAGUGCGAUGAAGGAGCAUCACUGGUCAAAAAUUUGUUGUCACCCUCUUAUAUAUUGGACUGUAUUUUCCUUCGUCAUAUUCUUGAAGUGAAGCCAAACUUUGUGAAGAUCAGUGAAUUAAGCAUUUGAUGGCUGCUUAAUAUAAAGGUGACAAUUAAUGGUGGUACAAAAAAGGGGCCGCAGUCGCUUAAUAGAUGUGGCCGCUUAAAGAUUAUUUUGGAACUUUGAUUACUGGACGCUCGAUCAAUCAAGGGUGGCUAUUUGAUGGAGAUUUGACUUUAUUUUAUUUUUUUGUGUGUGACUUGUUUCUGUAAAUACUAUCUUGUAGCACAGUGCUUAUAAGGGAUCUGGAAGCCAUCUAUGUUCUCAUUAUGUUCUCAAGUGAUGCAUGUAUUCAAUAUAAUGUAGUUCAAUGCACGUAAGACAUUUUUUCUUUGUUUUUUGUACAAUUGUUUAGAUUACAGUCCUAGUCAAGAAAAUGGAGGUGUCAAUCAACGAUUAGAAAAGUUGGAACAACUUAUAAAUACAGGUACAAAUAUUGCAUGAUUAAGGCCCUCUUAACUAUAAGGGAGUUACAUACUUUUUGUCCCUGGUCUGAAUUUCAAAGCCAGCUGUCUUCUUCACAUUAUUAUUUCAGAGGAAGCUAUGUCACUCUCGGUAUUUCACUAUUGCAUUACAAUUAAUAGUGGUUUUCUGUGUUGGUGUCAUGGGUUCAGCCCAUCUUUGUGUUGUUUGUUGCCAUUUCUGCUGUCCCAUGACUCGCUGUUUCAAGGCCAUGUCGCUUGCCAGAAUUUUACCCGAACAGGGCCCCAUGAUUACAUGUAUCAUCAAUAACAAGUGGAAUAUGUUAACUUGCAGUUGUACAUCAAUUCAAUGUCCAGUUUUGAGCAUUGCAUUAUAUGUGUUUUUUUUUUUUAUAGAGAUUGCAUGUUUUAAUUUAUUUAGGUACCCUCUUUAUUUCUAAAAUUUAUGAAGCUUAAGAUAUAAACUUCAAGUAGGGAUUUGUUAACUUGCUAUUUGAUUUAACUAUUUUCAGUAAACUUGCAACAAUCUUGUUCGCAUUUAAUUUUUCAUCUCACAGUUCUAAUAGAUGUUAUUCAAACAAACCAAAUAAAUGACUGGUUUCCAGUUGGUUUUACAAUUGGUAGAGCAAUGCAUGUACAAGUAUACAGGGUCAAAGAUUUGAAUACUGUACAAGCUUAAGUACAGUUUUCAGGCUUCCUUUUGAAAAAAAAAAACUACUUAAAACUGCAAUGAUCUUGUUUUUUAUGAUACAAGCAGAGGAGAUUGAGCUAAAUUACUUGCAAUAAGCAAUCUUUCUGUCAAUGCCCAACAUUUUACACAUAGUAAUAAUCUGGUGGAUAAUUGAAUUUGUCAGUGGUGUAUUUCCUUGAUCUUAAUUUUGGAUCUUUGAUUGUAAAUAUUUUACUUCCAUUGUGGUGACCAGAAAAUGGAAAGAAACAGGAAUGUGAGAUUCCGCAUGACUCGCUGUUCCCAUUUUGUGAGGACAAAGUUUCCGUAAGUCUACUUGUACACUUUUCAGUUUUACUUUUCAAGGAGGAUCUAGUCGGGGGACGGGGAGGGGGAGAGGGAGGCGUCGGGGAAGAGUCUUUUGUAUCUUGUUUAAGUUACUCAUUCUUGAGGUAAGGUGUUGUGUUACUUAACUCAGAUAUUUUUUUUUAAUGUGUGGAUAAACAACAAAACAAUGCAACCGAUUUUUACUUUAAUUUUCUUUUAUUUUCUGCAGUAUUGUUUGAAAAAGUUAAUCAUACAAUAUUUUCACCAAACUUAAGCUUUAGAUAAUAAAUGAAAAGAGAAAUUAACAUUUGACAGUCACUUAAAACUGAAACUUACUAGCAACUGGCAGCUUGAAACUUGAGUUUUUUUAAGUUGUAUUGUUGGUUAGACAGUAGAGCACAUUCUUAACUUUCACUUGGUCUGUGCCUUAUCCUCUGGCUUUGGUAUUUCAUGGUGCAAAACAAUUUGCACUUUGUCAAUCAAUCAAUCAAUCAAUCAAUCUAUCUAUCGAUAGUUGAUCAAUCAAUCAAUCAAUCAAUUAACAAAACAUGUAGCAUUUCAUGGAAAGAAAGAGCAGUUCUAUCAGCUCUUUAUUCUUGGUAUUCCAAAUUAUUAAUUUGAAUUAAAUGCAAUUAAAGGGUUCCCUGAAAAAAGGGCGUAAUUUGCUUAUCAUAAGCAAAUAUGGGAAACCCUUCAAUUAUUCUUCACUGAUUAAGAUUUCAUAACACUUUAAGCCCAAUAUAAACAUACCAAUUCUCUAGACUGAUCUCUAUACAUUUCCCUAAAGAUUUAGUUGAAAGAAUUUAUUAAAAGAUCAGCAUUUCCCCAUUGGUGAUCAUCUUAUAUAUUCCCAUAACCUUUUCUCUUAAUGUUGUAUGGAUAUUAUUGGGAGAAAACUGAUCUUGCAUGGUCACUCAGGUACUGUUUUGUACUGAUUCUACAACAGGUGACUGGGAAAACAAGGACUUUGAACAGCGGUUAAAUCGUCUUGAGAAACAUAUCUUCGGAAAAGGUAACAUAAUGAGUUGAACCUCCAUUAAGCAACCAGUCCCUCGGAGUACCCGCAAGUGACCACUUAACUCUUCAAGUCCCAAUAUCCACAUACAAAUUCUCCAAACUGGUCUCUAUACAUUUCCUUUAAGAAUUAGUUGAGAGAAUUUGCUGAAAGAUCAAAGCAUUUUCUCUUUGGUGAUCAUUUUAUUAAUUCUCAUAACCUUUUCCUUUGCCAAUGCAUUGAUAUCGUUAGGAGAAAAUUGAUGUUGAUCACUGUUGGGACUUAAAGGGUUAAUGGAGGUCAGUCGCUCAAUAGAGGUGCAUCAUAAAUCAGCAUAAUCUAUAGCAGAAACAUCACUGUCUUUAUUUUGGAAGAAAAGUGCGAUGAAGGAGCAUCACUGGUCAAAAAUUUGUUGUCACCCUCUUAUAUAUUGGACUGUAUUUUCCUUCGUCAUAUUCUUGAAGUGAAGCCAAACUUUGUGAAGAUCAGUGAAUUAAGCAUUUGAUGGCUGCUUAAUAUAAAGGUGACAAUUAAUGGUGGUACAAAAAAGGGGCCGCAGUCGCUUAAUAGAUGUGGCCGCUUAAAGAUUAUUUUGGAACUUUGAUUACUGGACGCUCGAUCAAUCAAGGGUGGCUAUUUGAUGGAGAUUUGACUUUAUUUUAUUUUUUUGUGUGUGACUUGUUUCUGUAAAUACUAUCUUGUAGCACAGUGCUUAUAAGGGAUCUGGAAGCCAUCUAUGUUCUCAUUAUGUUCUCAAGUGAUGCAUGUAUUCAAUAUAAUGUAGUUCAAUGCACGUAAGACAUUUUUUCUUUGUUUUUUGUACAAUUGUUUAGAUUACAGUCCUAGUCAAGAAAAUGGAGGUGUCAAUCAACGAUUAGAAAAGUUGGAACAACUUAUAAAUACAGGUACAAAUAUUGCAUGAUUAAGGCCCUCUUAACUAUAAGGGAGUUACAUACUUUUUGUCCCUGGUCUGAAUUUCAAAGCCAGCUGUCUUCUUCACAUUAUUAUUUCAGAGGAAGCUAUGUCACUCUCGGUAUUUCACUAUUGCAUUACAAUUAAUAGUGGUUUUCUGUGUUGGUGUCAUGGGUUCAGCCCAUCUUUGUGUUGUUUGUUGCCAUUUCUGCUGUCCCAUGACUCGCUGUUUCAAGGCCAUGUCGCUUGCCAGAAUUUUACCCGAACAGGGCCCCAUGAUUACAUGUAUCAUCAAUAACAAGUGGAAUAUGUUAACUUGCAGUUGUACAUCAAUUCAAUGUCCAGUUUUGAGCAUUGCAUUAUAUGUGUUUUUUUUUUUUAUAGAGAUUGCAUGUUUUAAUUUAUUUAGGUACCCUCUUUAUUUCUAAAAUUUAUGAAGCUUAAGAUAUAAACUUCAAGUAGGGAUUUGUUAACUUGCUAUUUGAUUUAACUAUUUUCAGUAAACUUGCAACAAUCUUGUUCGCAUUUAAUUUUUCAUCUCACAGUUCUAAUAGAUGUUAUUCAAACAAACCAAAUAAAUGACUGGUUUCCAGUUGGUUUUACAAUUGGUAGAGCAAUGCAUGUACAAGUAUACAGGGUCAAAGAUUUGAAUACUGUACAAGCUUAAGUACAGUUUUCAGGCUUCCUUUUGAAAAAAAAAAACUACUUAAAACUGCAAUGAUCUUGUUUUUUAUGAUACAAGCAGAGGAGAUUGAGCUAAAUUACUUGCAAUAAGCAAUCUUUCUGUCAAUGCCCAACAUUUUACACAUAGUAAUAAUCUGGUGGAUAAUUGAAUUUGUCAGUGGUGUAUUUCCUUGAUCUUAAUUUUGGAUCUUUGAUUGUAAAUAUUUUACUUCCAUUGUGGUGACCAGAAAAUGGAAAGAAACAGGAAUGUGAGAUUCCACAUGACUCGCUGUUCCCAUUUUGUGAGGACAAAGUUUCCGUAAGUCUACUUGUACACUUUUCAGUUUUACUUUUCAAGGAGGAUCUAGUCGGGGGACGGGGAGGGGGAGAGGGAGGCGUCGGGGAAGAGUCCUUGGGUAACAAAUACAUCUGUCUCCAUAAUUAAUUCAGAUACUCUCUCUAUCUUAGAAUAGAGAUAUAAACUUCGUAUCUAUGGACUAUCCCCACCCCAAUCAAAAAACCAUGGUUCAAGGAGAUCUCGUGGCCAGGGGCCAAUUUUUGUGUGGCCCCUAUACAUGUACAGUGUGUUUGACCCUAUCACACAUGGCUAGUGCUGUGUUCAUUGCAAUAGAAAAUGAAUGUGGCACAUCUUUGGCUGGGGGUCUUACAUAAUAUGGCAAUUGCAAAAGAAAUUGCAAAUUUUGUAAUCAGCAAUUUUUUAUUUGUUUUUGCAACCCUUUUAACAUCUGAGACAUGCAAAAUUUCUAGUAGGGGCAGAAACGUCAAUUAAAGGAACUGUAAUAAAAUAUUUGUCAUGUUUGCUAAAUAAGAUUAUAAUUUAUGAAGACUGAGGGAUAGCUGUCAAGGAACAAAGGAUUUUGUUCGGCUUGAAAAAAAUUUGAGGCCUGCAUCUUUGAAUUUGGGUGGCGUCAGUUGAGAAAAUUUUGGUAGGUUAAAAAAAGUCGUUCGCACUAGAAAUGGCUUCCUGUUGACAGAUUUUUUUACAAAACAAACAAAAUUAUGCACAGUGUGAACAGGGCCUAAGAUGGAGUAAACAGGGCUUAACAUGGGGUUUAUUCAGGCAUGAAUGGGUUGAUGCUUUUAAGUAUUAAAAUGACGAAAAGUUCACAACAUACUUACAGUUUUUAUGAGAGGUGUUAAUGUCGCUCAUCCAUUAGUUAUAUUUGCCAUGAGUAGUUGUUCUUGCAUGAAUUUUUUUGUUGUGCACUUUGAGUCCUGCCUUGUAAAUGAUAAGGUAAAUAAGAAAAACAAAAUAUAUUUGAUAUUUUUGGUUUGUUUUCUUUUUUAGUGGAUGAGAAAUUUAUGGCAAACAAAUUCAGCGUGCUACAUUGGACAGCAUCACGUGAAGCCAGAGAACUUAUGUUCAAUACUUGUUUAUCUUAGUGAGGUACAUGGUACUGCUGAUGAUCAACAUACUUUGCUGUUGAUCAAGAAAUAUAAACAUUGGCACUUGAAGUACAGUGGAACCUUGAUAUAUCAAAGUGCCAAUGGAGUGGCAAAAUUUGUUUGCUAUACCGAGGCUUGGUUAUAUCAAGAUACUUUUCGAUAUAUUUUACUAUUACUGGGGGUAAAGAAAAUCAUUCUUUAUGCCGAGGACUUGGUUAUAUAGAGGUUCGUUAUAUCAAGGCUCCACUGUACAUGACUGUAACUGUUCUGGGAAGAGUUCAUACUUAUAGUAACCUCGACAUUUUCAUUAUCAGGAGUGUCAAGUCAAUGAUUAUUCUCAUUCUUUUCGAGAGUCUAAAAUACAGCAUGCCUGCCUAAAACAUACUUUUCGUGGAAUUUGUGUUCAAGUUCUCUACAUGUUUAUGUAUGUCUUAAUAAGUUUCUGAACGGUGUCACAUCAAUCUAAAGAGGUUUUUGUCUGGAAAUUUAAUUCCCAGAGGUGAAGUUGUCACCCAAAAAACUUGAAGUCUUGUAAUAAUAUUGAUAAUCAUGCAUAGGUUGAAAGAUUUUGCCCAGUAUUACCAUGGCGACAGUCGAAUGCAAGCACAGACACAAGAGAACGAAAGGUUUGAAUGAUAGUUAAUAGAGAUGUUCAGUUAACACUAAUUUCGUCUCUUGGUAAUACAAUCUAUGGAUCUUUUUCUAGCAAUUUCAUUGCCAACAAACCAAACUUGUUUUGAAAUCAUAUUAUGGGAUUGUUAAGAUUUUUACUUUGACAUUGUCAUUCCAAUGGGCAAAAAGUUGUAUUACUCCGAAACGAGCAAAUGAGAAAGAGAUAGGAAAAUUUUCUAUCUGGAUAACAACAAUAUUGUGAUACAAAUAGAUGUCACUGGCUUUUGGUGAACUUUGUGGUAAUUUUCGUUCCACUAUUUGCGUACUUUAAUACAUUGUUAGCAAGUCACAGUUACGGAAAAAAUUGGCAUCUAUGAAGUAAAGUUCUAAAUGGAGAACUUUGGGACAGCUUAUUUCAUCCUUUUGUACAAAUUUGUACACAGUAAUGCAAUCUGAAAUUAAUUACUACUGCAAUUACUACUGAAAUUACUCCUGCAAUUUUUGAGUGAAGAUAUGAUCGUCGCAGUGGUAGUUGCAAUUUAAGUAACUGGAAAGUAACCCGCAAAAAUUUCGGGAAUGAUACAUAGGGCGAAAAUGAUUCCUUUCACGGGUAAGAUGAAUUCGACAAAUUCUUUCAGUACUGCAAAAGGAAACUCCAAAUAUAUUAUUCCUUCCCCCCCCCCCCAAAAAAGAAAAUUCCUCAAAAUUGGUUUAUUGGCAUCCUACUGAUUUAAGCCCCGUGCAAAAGGACGGAACAUUGUUGACCAACAACUCCCAACAUUGUUGUUUGUUUGCACACCCUGUUGCAUGUGGUUGCUAGUUGUGAAGCAAAGUUUUAAACUGGUGAGUGGUCAAACUUUGAGCCAACAACUCCAAACAUUUCUGUUGUUCCGUGAUCACCGAAGCGUAGCGCAACAAUUUUGGAUCCGUUUGCACAGCUCUUCCAACAAUGUUGGGGCCACACAUGCGCAUUACACAUGGUUUCCAAAGUCUUAUGGGUUGUAUCCUUCCCACGAUGCACUGCAGGUCCCAACAUUGUUGGGAGUUGUUGCAUCCGUUUGCACACCACUGCCAAUACCGACGCGACAACUCCCAACAUUGUUGGCCCAACAUUGUUGUUUGCAGCAACAACAAUUGCUGAUGGUACUCUGUCUCCUUCUAAAGCCUGCAGAAAUGAGAUUUGAGCUGCAGAAGAGUUUUAUUGAUACGCUGACAAAGCUGAAUCUGAGAUGGAUGAGAGAUCGGAUCACCAGAAUGUGGCCUCAGUGGGCAGCGGCUGCGAAGCAAUUUGCAGAAGAAGGAACUCUUCGCAAGCAACAUCGAACCAAAAAGGUUGUGUUAAUGUCCGACUGUUAUGUCCAGCUCUUUUUGUUGUAUCCAUUUGUAUGUUGGUUUUCAACUUAGUACAUGGUACGUCAUGACAAAGAAUGAUGUUCUUUUUUCCUAUGUCGUUAUUGUGAGUCAAAAAAAAUCGCGGAGGUCGGAUCAACGAUAUAUUAUUCUAAAAAUCAUUGCAACUUCACCGCGUGGUUUGUUUGUAUCGAAACAACCUUAAUAGCUGAUGAGGUGAUAUUCGGUAAAGAAAUAUCAAAAAGUGUCAAAUGUUUUUUAAAAAACACAAACGUUUCGGGUUUAUGACCCUUCUUCAGUACGGGAAAAAACCGUUGUAUAGUACUACGCAACAACCUCGCCUCAGUAAAUUGAAUCGACUUCUGUUCGUAUCUAAAUAACUCCUAACGAAACGACUUUGUAUUGAAACGACCAGUAAAUGUCCAGGCGAUUCUCGUACUGUGCAGAUACUGCGUGGGAGGGCAAGGGUGGCGCCUAUGGCGUAGUAGUGAGAGCGCUCGCCUCCCACCAAUGUGGCCCAGGUGCAAAUCCCAGAGCUGGCGCCAUAUGUGGGUUACGUUUGUUGUUGGUUCUGUCCUUUGCUCCCAUGCCAGAGGUUUUUGUCCGGGUACUUCGGUUUUCCCCUCUGCUUAAAAACCAGCAUUUUCAAUUUCUGAUUGGCCAAGGAAUGGUAGACGAAGAACCACUUUGUGGAUGUGCUACCUCUAAAUAUUAAGUUAUUUUACCAUUUUUUUAUUACAGUCGAACCUUUACUUACGGCCACCUCUCUACAACGGCCACCUCUCUGCAACGGCCACUUUUUUGGCGGAAAGUCCAUACAUUGACUCUUGUUUAAACCUCUCUACUGCGGCCACGUUCUUCUGUCCCCAAGGUCGCUGUUGUGAGACGAUCAACUCUAUUUAUUUUUUAUGCACUUUCCUAUUGUUUUAAACAGGUUAUUAUUUUCAAUAAAUUGAAGAGCAGGUUACGGCCUUCAUAGCUACAACAACCUCACACUGCGCGCUCGGUCAUUAUUUUUAAGAAGGUCUCGGACUUGAGGCAUUAUAAAAGUUUCACUUUGAGAAGCACUUACUGAAUUCCGGUCCGUGUUUUCAAUCUUCUUGUCAGAUAUUAAUUUUCUUCGGAACGUAUGCUUAUCAACCCAACUGGCUUAACCUAGCGUACACUGGAGCACCCCUCGGAGAAAUGGUUCAAUGGAGUGACCUCCUAGCUUCCUUGUACAUCUUGGGCCAUGAUUUAACUCUUGCUGUUAAUUCCACCACCUAUAAGGGGUAAGUAGUUGGAUCAAUUUAGGUGUCUGGGAAACUGCCCACCUACCCCUCCCCUAAGCGAUCAUUUUGCCCUAAGUGAGAUGUAAGUGUUAAUGUUACCUUAAGGGAGCGGUAGGUGGGCAGUGCAUUCUUCUAGAGGGGUGACCGGUCGUUUCGCCUAUGGAAACUGCCCACCUACCCCUCCCCUAAGCGAUCAUUUUGCCCUAAGUGAGAUGUAAGUGUUAAUGUUACCUUAAGGGAGCGGUAGGUGGGCAGUGCAUUCUUCUAGAGGGGUGACCGGUCGUUUCGCCUAUGAGUCGUUUCACUAACGUCCGGGUCGCUAACGUCUUAUGUCGUCGUUCCGCUAAACGAUUCUGCGCCUGUGUAUACCUCGUUCUCUCAGCCAUGAAACAAAAAAGUGUGAUACUCAUGUACACACUUCGUUCUUUCAGCCACUGAUCAGGCGAAAGCAGUUAGGGAAAUGACCCAACUGGUACGCGAAACGACUCAAGAAGUUAGCGAACAGAACGAUGACGAAACGACUCGUAGGCGAAACGACCGUAAACCACCAGAUGUAAGCUGAACGCUUUAUAACCAAGAAACUCAGGACUUGUCCACACGUACCCGUUUCUGUUUAAAAACGGAGUUAUUUUUCUCCGGUUUGGCUUACCGUCCACACGUAUUCGGUGAAACAGUCAACAAAAACGCAUCUUUCUCAAAAACGCAAUCCAGAGUGAAGAGUUUUGAAAACACUGGCCACUCGAUUACGUGUGGACGCACGAAAACGGAGGUUUUCGAACACCAUGAUGUAAUACAUCAUUUACUACUAGCAUAACGCAUGCUCUGUAAGGUAUGCUAUCGUAUUUCCAUCGUUUAGCAUUUUUGUAUGGACGGGUGGAAAUAGUUCGAAUACGCUACGUGUGGACGCGUAUUUUUUGAAAACGGAGGAAAAAAAUAUCGGUUUUCAAAAAUCUCCGGAUACGUGUGGACGAGGCCACAGUAUCUCGCUUUUGAUGUGUUGGAAGACGUUGUACAUUGUAUACUAGUUAUAGUUGUCACUAAAUCUGCCCCCGACCUUUUAAAACCGGAAUGAAGACUCCUUGUGGUUGUCCAUGUAUUUGCCAUGAACCUUUGAAAUGCAGUUUUCGUAUUAGAGUUUCUGAGUGUAAUUCUUUUGUUCUCUUUUGCGUUUUCUCAAUUAUUACACUUUGUUUUCUGGGUUAAUGAAAAUCCUCAUACAUGACACGCCUAGGAUGGACAAUUGUUUUUUAUACAUCUCAUAAUGAGUUCAACCAACACUGCAAAUGUAAUAGAACGCGUGUUAAACAGCAAAACCAUCUUUAAUUAUCUAUUUGUAACUAAAUUUCCUAUAACUAAUGUGUCGAACGGAUGCUUUGGCUUCGAGUUUGACAUUCUUGAACGCAACGUCGAACGCAACUGAUAUAAAUGAUUUCGCAAUAAACUAACCCUACAAAAACAUGGACCACUGUUUAUUAAACCCUGAAUACCUUAAUAUAACAAAACCCGGUUAUUUCACGUUAGCACCUUUCUUGUCUUUGACUGGGUUUUGAGAAAUUUGAGCUAUUCCUGAUGUGGUUUGAAUCGAGUUUGUCGAUCCACGUUGACAAAACCAGUUCAAAGUUCUGUCGAUCCACGUUGCUGAUUUGUGUCUGACAAAUCAAGUUCUUAAUACCAAACAAUUGCAGUACUGCUGAAUAACUUUUUAACUGUAUAGAAAUAUGUAUCUCGCAAUAACCUUCGCGAAAUCACAUUUUAUGUACCAACGCACGCGGAAAUAAAGUUGUGAUUUAAUAUCAGUUGAGAAAGGAUGGCAACGCUGGGCCGUUGAGUGGCUGAUAUCCAAAUUUUUUUUUUAACGCGGUAAUGUAAUGUGGAGUACACCAAGCAUAUCUGUUAAUCUUUUCUUUUUCAAUUCAUUCCAGCCAUCUUUCAGUCCCAAAAGUUCGUGGUUGCGCCAACACAUUUACCCCCGAGUUUGACCUGAUAUACACAGACUAUAAUGGAAUGGCUUUUAUGACGAUGGAUGUUACUCCUAACAUGUCGCCUUAUUUGUAAGUACAUUAAAUGGCUUUGUCACUUGUUUGUCAUUUCGCGCGAAACUGGGUCCGUCUUGUGUCGAACUGUACUGUGGGAUUGUUUUGGGGAUGCUAUCAUUUCUGGAUCUUUCAUUGGUUAUUUCGAAGUUGCGGAAGAAACUGGGGUAGAGUUCGUCAACCUGCAAUUCGAUACAACUCUGAUCCAGUCUCUUGAUUUGAUCAGGUUUUGACAAUAGCGUAAUAUCGGCUGGUGCACGAUAUACAAAAUGAAUAGCAAGUCUCGAGUUAUGUCACAAAGAACACGGCAGUGAUCCCUAGCCCUUACACAGUAACAUAAUAAACUUCACACAAUAGAAGACAAAAUAGUGCAUACAUUGACUUGGUAUAUCGAACAUCACCCGUAAUAUCAGUGUCAACUACAUUUACCAUCGGUAGGUUGAACUUUGUGCUAGCACAUCAUUUUUAUGAAACAGCUUAUAAUUUUCACUAUUCAUUCAAACAAUUUUGAAACUUACAACGUCCUUUUGCGUCCGAAUUUCUUUAAAACAUUUACGGUUCCUUCGCAGUUUCAGGAUAUAUGAAUGAAUGUUUUAGUCUUGUAGCUGUUAUUCAAAAAUCAUUUGACACUCUUCAUGUGUCAUAUUUUGUGUAUUCUUGCUUGGUUUUGAGUCAGGCUAUUUCGCCUAGGCAUGGCGUGUGAAAAUUUCGCUGUUUUUUUUUAUUGAGCCUUGCACCGAGCAGUAUCGCCGUUCUGUGCGUGACGCCAAUCGUUCAAUAAUUUUUCUAUUAUUCCACUAAUGUAGUGAGUUUAGUCACAUUAGAAGAAACAAUGUAUCUGCAACAUUGCAGCUACCCAGUUUACAUGUAGCUAGGUUCUUUAGCCAGGUGCUGCGGGGCUUCCUGGGUUGUAAGCCUUACUGUAGCGAGUUUGUGAUGAACGUAAUAUUUUGUUUUUCUUCCGUUUAGAUGUCGGAUACGAAUACUUGACUCGUUCGGCACUGAAGCAGAGUUUAAUUACGGUGCUUACAGAGGAUCAAUACCUGGUGGAAGAUCCGCUUGGGCUAACGCUGACCUUAAUUUGCGACAAAUAUUUACCAUGUUUCGUAAGUUUACCCUGACCAUGUGUUUUGCACGGUUUACGGUCGUUUCGUCUGCGAGUCGUAUCGUUUUGCCUACGCGUUAGGUAAAACAAAGACCAAAUUUAAAAUACUAAAAGUCUGGAUUUAGGUUUGAGCUAACCUACCAAAUUACUUUUUUUUUCUCAGCUCACAGCCCAGACAAUUCAUUUCUUGGUUUUGUUGUCAGUGAUCCAAUUCCAGCAGAUGCGAAGCCGCUGAACAAGAAGGCGAUUGGUCUCGUUUAUGGAAAGGACGCUGAUUUUUGGGCGGUAAGAGCUGAACUGUGUUGAUAGGUCGCUGUUCGUUUUUCAGCUAUUCAAGUCGGUCAGACAGUGUUUGGUCGUUCCUUCCAUCUGUCUGUCUGUCUGUCUGUCUGUCUGUCUGUCUGUCUGUCUGUCUGUCUGUCUGUCUGUCUGUCUGUCAGUCUGUCUGUCAGUAAGUGAGCUAGUGGCCUGGUUUUGUCAGUCAAUUCAUUUGUCUUCAUUCUUGUCAGUAAAGUCAGCCACUGAGUCUUGUUAUUCACUCAAUCAAUGAAUCAGCCAUUCUUUUGGUCAGUUGACCUAUCAGCUGAUGAUUUGUUAGUCAGUUCUUUAGACUAUAUCGAAACGGGUCUUUUAAGGUUGUAAACGUGUUCAAACUUAGCGUUUACCACGUUCUUAACGAAAAUGAUCUCUCUCUGUUUACAAACCUUACCCUGAACACAUCACUUGUAAAUGUGUUCUUUCAUAACGCCAAACCGACUCGUGUUAACAUCGUGCUACUUAGUCUUAUCCGUUUCAUGUAUUUGUUUGUUUCAACUGUUCUUUAUUUCGUUCUGUUACAGGGCAAGAGAGAAUAUCUUGAUAUCUUACAUAAAUAUUUGGAGAUUCAUGGAACCUUUUUUGGAGUUUCGGUAUGUUUUGCUCGGUUUUAUCCUCACCAGCAAGUAUAACUAACAUUGAAUUAAUUUUAUCAAGACAUUUUGUGUUGAAGUUAUGAAUAUAUGAAAAUCAUAUAUGCGAACUGCGAGGUGAAGAAUUAUAUAAAGUAGAUCAUCGCAGUUAUGGACGCAACGUUUGCAUUUGCAAAAAGAAGGCCUGUUAUUACCAGCUGGCUCCUCCUUCAAACUCUAAUUGACAGAAUAUUUGUGUAAAUUUUCGUGAACAGGAGGAAGAAAUAAAAAAGAAUGUGCCGGACUACGUGAUCACCCAUGGUAUUCUCAGUAAACCUGAUCUAGAAAAACUGUUACAGGAUACCAAGGUUUGUUUCUCAUUGUUUUGCAUUUGGAGUUGUUAACCAUUUCACUCCCAAGAGUCGCUCAAGUCAAACUUAGAGGAAGAUUCCAAAGUUCAGUGCGAGCUUUCCAGUUUUCUCUCGGAACAACAGUGUUUGUGGCGUAUACAGUCCAGAAUUAGGGUAAACAGAAAAAUAGUGUUGCGGAAACUUUGUUUCUUCUAAUGUGAUGUAACCGCGAAACAUUGGUUGAUGAAUCUGAUCCAAUAUGGCGGAUUAUCCAAGAUGGCGGUCCUUUUCAAUCAUUACGUAAUUUUCACAUUUUGUGACGUCAUCUCAUAAACAAUUAAAUCAUUCAAUAUUUAGGCAGACUGUCUAGUGUGGCGCUUGUUCCAUGAUGUUGUAAAUUAAUUUUUGUAUUUUGUUUUUGAUUACAGGUAUUUAUAGGUCUUGGGUUCCCAUAUGAAGGUCCCGCACCUCUAGAGGCUAUUGCCCAGGGAUGUAUCUUUCUGAACGCUAAGGUAAUCCGAUAAAUCGCGCAGUUUUGUAGUAGAGUUAAUACAAGUGUGCUUGUUACUAAUUAUCAUUAAAUUUUCCUUGCUUUUCAGUUUGAUCCACCUCAUAACAGGAUUAAUACUGAGUUCUUUAAGCUUAAACCAACCCUAAGAGAGGUAAGUUCGUCGCUUCAGGGCAUACGAACUCUGGAAAUUAACUUCUCAAACUCAUUAUUUAUUCAUGCAGUCAACAGCCAAUAAAUAACAACCGUUUGGGUCAGGUAGAUGAAUCUUGAUACCUAAUGGAACGCCAGAUAAAACACCGCCAGGUUUUCAUCUCACCCUCAUUUUAAUGAGAUGAAGGUUAAUGUUUUAUUGGUGAACACUACUACCUGACAAUUGAUGUGGUUUGAAUCGAGUUUGUCGAUCCACGUUGACAAAACCAGUUCAAAGUUCUGUCGAUCCACGUUGCUGAUUUGUGUCUGACAAAUCAAGUUCUUAAUACCAAACAAUUGCAGUACUGCUGAAUAACUUUUUAACUGUAUAGAAAUAUGUAUCUCGCAAUAACCUUCGCGAAAUCACAUUUUAUGUACCAACGCACGCGGAAAUAAAGUUGUGAUUUAAUAUCAGUUGAGAAAGGAUGGCAACGCUGGGCCGUUGAGUGGCUGAUAUCCAAAUUUUUUUUUUAACGCGGUAAUGUAAUGUGGAGUACACCAAGCAUAUCUGUUAAUCUUUUCUUUUUCAAUUCAUUCCAGCCAUCUUUCAGUCCCAAAAGUUCGUGGUUGCGCCAACACAUUUACCCCCGAGUUUGACCUGAUAUACACAGACUAUAAUGGAAUGGCUUUUAUGACGAUGGAUGUUACUCCUAACAUGUCGCCUUAUUUGUAAGUACAUUAAAUGGCUUUGUCACUUGUUUGUCAUUUCGCGCGAAACUGGGUCCGUCUUGUGUCGAACUGUACUGUGGGAUUGUUUUGGGGAUGCUAUCAUUUCUGGAUCUUUCAUUGGUUAUUUCGAAGUUGCGGAAGAAACUGGGGUAGAGUUCGUCAACCUGCAAUUCGAUACAACUCUGAUCCAGUCUCUUGAUUUGAUCAGGUUUUGACAAUAGCGUAAUAUCGGCUGGUGCACGAUAUACAAAAUGAAUAGCAAGUCUCGAGUUAUGUCACAAAGAACACGGCAGUGAUCCCUAGCCCUUACACAGUAACAUAAUAAACUUCACACAAUAGAAGACAAAAUAGUGCAUACAUUGACUUGGUAUAUCGAACAUCACCCGUAAUAUCAGUGUCAACUACAUUUACCAUCGGUAGGUUGAACUUUGUGCUAGCACAUCAUUUUUAUGAAACAGCUUAUAAUUUUCACUAUUCAUUCAAACAAUUUUGAAACUUACAACGUCCUUUUGCGUCCGAAUUUCUUUAAAACAUUUACGGUUCCUUCGCAGUUUCAGGAUAUAUGAAUGAAUGUUUUAGUCUUGUAGCUGUUAUUCAAAAAUCAUUUGACACUCUUCAUGUGUCAUAUUUUGUGUAUUCUUGCUUGGUUUUGAGUCAGGCUAUUUCGCCUAGGCAUGGCGUGUGAAAAUUUCGCUGUUUUUUUUUAUUGAGCCUUGCACCGAGCAGUAUCGCCGUUCUGUGCGUGACGCCAAUCGUUCAAUAAUUUUUCUAUUAUUCCACUAAUGUAGUGAGUUUAGUCACAUUAGAAGAAACAAUGUAUCUGCAACAUUGCAGCUACCCAGUUUACAUGUAGCUAGGUUCUUUAGCCAGGUGCUGCGGGGCUUCCUGGGUUGUAAGCCUUACUGUAGCGAGUUUGUGAUGAACGUAAUAUUUUGUUUUUCUUCCGUUUAGAUGUCGGAUACGAAUACUUGACUCGUUCGGCACUGAAGCAGAGUUUAAUUACGGUGCUUACAGAGGAUCAAUACCUGGUGGAAGAUCCGCUUGGGCUAACGCUGACCUUAAUUUGCGACAAAUAUUUACCAUGUUUCGUAAGUUUACCCUGACCAUGUGUUUUGCACGGUUUACGGUCGUUUCGUCUGCGAGUCGUAUCGUUUUGCCUACGCGUUAGGUAAAACAAAGACCAAAUUUAAAAUACUAAAAGUCUGGAUUUAGGUUUGAGCUAACCUACCAAAUUACUUUUUUUUUCUCAGCUCACAGCCCAGACAAUUCAUUUCUUGGUUUUGUUGUCAGUGAUCCAAUUCCAGCAGAUGCGAAGCCGCUGAACAAGAAGGCGAUUGGUCUCGUUUAUGGAAAGGACGCUGAUUUUUGGGCGGUAAGAGCUGAACUGUGUUGAUAGGUCGCUGUUCGUUUUUCAGCUAUUCAAGUCGGUCAGACAGUGUUUGGUCGUUCCUUCCAUCUGUCUGUCUGUCUGUCUGUCUGUCUGUCUGUCUGUCUGUCUGUCUGUCUGUCUGUCUGUCUGUCUGUCAGUCUGUCUGUCAGUAAGUGAGCUAGUGGCCUGGUUUUGUCAGUCAAUUCAUUUGUCUUCAUUCUUGUCAGUAAAGUCAGCCACUGAGUCUUGUUAUUCACUCAAUCAAUGAAUCAGCCAUUCUUUUGGUCAGUUGACCUAUCAGCUGAUGAUUUGUUAGUCAGUUCUUUAGACUAUAUCGAAACGGGUCUUUUAAGGUUGUAAACGUGUUCAAACUUAGCGUUUACCACGUUCUUAACGAAAAUGAUCUCUCUCUGUUUACAAACCUUACCCUGAACACAUCACUUGUAAAUGUGUUCUUUCAUAACGCCAAACCGACUCGUGUUAACAUCGUGCUACUUAGUCUUAUCCGUUUCAUGUAUUUGUUUGUUUCAACUGUUCUUUAUUUCGUUCUGUUACAGGGCAAGAGAGAAUAUCUUGAUAUCUUACAUAAAUAUUUGGAGAUUCAUGGAACCUUUUUUGGAGUUUCGGUAUGUUUUGCUCGGUUUUAUCCUCACCAGCAAGUAUAACUAACAUUGAAUUAAUUUUAUCAAGACAUUUUGUGUUGAAGUUAUGAAUAUAUGAAAAUCAUAUAUGCGAACUGCGAGGUGAAGAAUUAUAUAAAGUAGAUCAUCGCAGUUAUGGACGCAACGUUUGCAUUUGCAAAAAGAAGGCCUGUUAUUACCAGCUGGCUCCUCCUUCAAACUCUAAUUGACAGAAUAUUUGUGUAAAUUUUCGUGAACAGGAGGAAGAAAUAAAAAAGAAUGUGCCGGACUACGUGAUCACCCAUGGUAUUCUCAGUAAACCUGAUCUAGAAAAACUGUUACAGGAUACCAAGGUUUGUUUCUCAUUGUUUUGCAUUUGGAGUUGUUAACCAUUUCACUCCCAAGAGUCGCUCAAGUCAAACUUAGAGGAAGAUUCCAAAGUUCAGUGCGAGCUUUCCAGUUUUCUCUCGGAACAACAGUGUUUGUGGCGUAUACAGUCCAGAAUUAGGGUAAACAGAAAAAUAGUGUUGCGGAAACUUUGUUUCUUCUAAUGUGAUGUAACCGCGAAACAUUGGUUGAUGAAUCUGAUCCAAUAUGGCGGAUUAUCCAAGAUGGCGGUCCUUUUCAAUCAUUACGUAAUUUUCACAUUUUGUGACGUCAUCUCAUAAACAAUUAAAUCAUUCAAUAUUUAGGCAGACUGUCUAGUGUGGCGCUUGUUCCAUGAUGUUGUAAAUUAAUUUUUGUAUUUUGUUUUUGAUUACAGGUAUUUAUAGGUCUUGGGUUCCCAUAUGAAGGUCCCGCACCUCUAGAGGCUAUUGCCCAGGGAUGUAUCUUUCUGAACGCUAAGGUAAUCCGAUAAAUCGCGCAGUUUUGUAGUAGAGUUAAUACAAGUGUGCUUGUUACUAAUUAUCAUUAAAUUUUCCUUGCUUUUCAGUUUGAUCCACCUCAUAACAGGAUUAAUACUGAGUUCUUUAAGCUUAAACCAACCCUAAGAGAGGUAAGUUCGUCGCUUCAGGGCAUACGAACUCUGGAAAUUAACUUCUCAAACUCAUUAUUUAUUCAUGCAGUCAACAGCCAAUAAAUAACAACCGUUUGGGUCAGGUAGAUGAAUCUUGAUACCUAAUGGAACGCCAGAUAAAACACCGCCAGGUUUUCAUCUCACCCUCAUUUUAAUGAGAUGAAGGUUAAUGUUUUAUUGGUGAACACUACUACCUGACAACUCAUGCAAAUAGUGUAGUGCCAGAGAAAACAUGUCGCUGCAUAAUUUCUUAUUGCUUUAUUUGAGAAGACAUGUCAAAAACUCGGGUUUUGUGCUUCAUCACGGGUGAAAUCACUUUCAUCUGUUGUCGAGGUGUUUGGAACCCGUGGUAAAGCAUGAAGCGCUGGUUCUUGACAGAUUACUGAGUCUAUAUGCUUUGAGCUGAAGAAUGUGGCCUUUACAACUUAUGCUGCGCCCCGUUAAUGAAUUCAAUUCUUCAAUAAUUAAUUAUCGAUUAACCAAGGGAAGACAACCUCCCUUGGAAAAUUAAGGAAAACGUUUGGGCAUUCUAAGGUGUAAGCAUGUAGCGUUUUUAAGUUUUGAACGACUUGAAGCUCAUCAGGCCCUUUAAAGUGUCAAAUGAACUUUUUUCCCUACCACAAGCCUAUUAUCGAAUAGUAAUCUUUAUGUAUUUUGAAAUACAAUAGGACUUCAGCAUCGAAACAUGUAUUGGAACUUACUGAAAAUGGCCAUUUCCGAGUUCCAAAAACUCAAAACGAGGCUAAAUGCAAAGCCUUUCUUGAUAACGGAGUUUUAUGUACAUGAGUAUUUAAAUUAUUUUCAUAUCAAUUGCUAUACCUUCGUACUUAGCUUGACUUUGAAACAGGCUCUGGGCAACUCUCGCAAAUUAGACUUGCUACAAGUCGACCUUUCAUAAGUGCUUAAAAGUGAGCGAAGCGAGCUUCAAUGCAUGAGGUCGCGCAGCGACCGAGCGAGCGACGAAGUCUCGAUCAUAUUAUAAAUUAACGCGGGAAUAAAAAGGAUUGACAUAUACUCUGUUGGGAGCGGCGUGAAUUAUCACUCACUGUUCUAUUGCUCAAUUGUCAUGACGUCAUCGGUAGAAUUUUCGACCGUUGAAUCUCGCGCCAAAGAGGUAUGAAAAGUUCUUUAAAAUGGAAAAAAAACAGGGAAAAAAAUAAUGGACUUUUAGAAAGUCUACUCGCAAAUGGCCUAUUUCGUUUGGAACUGCUGCACAAGCGAUGUGUCAUGUUUCAUUGUCUUUAGCUUUCUCUGUCGUUUUUUGUUUUUUUUACAGUUGACUUCCCAACACCCGUAUGCUGAGGUGUUUAUAGGUGAACCGCAUGUUGCUACUGUAGACAUUGGGAACCUUUCGCUGGUAGAGGAUACCGUCAAACGAAUUUUAAACCUCGAGGUUAGUAUUUUUAAAAAAACCUUGCAAAUAGCAUGUGCUCUUAUUUCCACCUAAAGAGUCUUUUGUUUAGGUAUUGAUGUUUUUAGGAAAAUAUUGAUGUUGGUCACUACAGGGACUAAAAGGGGUAAUUGUAGGACGUUUGUGUUUUUCCCUUUUCACCUUGUGUUGGUCUUGGAGAGGAUGAUUGAAACCGGAUCCUUGGCGAAAAUGUCUUUGCUCAAUAUGUGCGGUGCGCAAUAUGUGAUAAACCUAUGCUGUGAGCAAAAUUGCAAACUUCACGAGAAUAGCAACUUCGAUGUUCUACCAAUUGGCCGAAAAUGGUGCUUUAUAAUUUGUACUCGGAUUACGUUAGUUUGGACCUGCACGUUUAUCCCUCUCACCCUCCCCUCCCUGAUUACGUCAGUUUGGACCUACACGUGUAGCCCUCUCACCCUCCCCUCCCCGUUUACGUUAGUUUGGUCGACCUACACGUUUAUCCCUCUCACCCUCCCCUCCCCGAUUACGUUAGGUUGGACUUACAAGUUUAUCCCCUUCACCCUCCCCUUCCCUCCUCUGAAAAUGAAAGAAAAAUAAUUUGUUUGUUCACGAUUUUAGGUGAAACCUUACUUACCUCUGGAGUGGACGCCUAAAGGAAUGCUGGAACGCGUCAAUGCCUUCACCGAGUAUUAUGUAAGUACAGUACGUGCCAGCUUUGCCCGCUCGUAAGGACUGAUUGGAUGAAACCAACGUCACGUGGGUUUUCAGGCGGCAAGCAGUUGACGAAAGUCUCCAAUAUAAGUUAUUGCGCUCGGGUUUGUUUAGUUUGGACUGCAAAAAAUAAAGUCAACUUGAAAUGUUUAAGACGAAAAUAGAAAAAUAUGUGUGCUCUUCGUAUCAACAGUCGUUAAUCUCUGACUCGUCCCAGUCAUCUUUCAUUAUUAAUAUUUGGCGUGGAAGACUAGAACGGGCUCUUUAACGAAGGGGAUGACGGGAAGGAAGAAGGGAGAAGGGAGAGACCUCUCGCCUUCCAAUUUUCCCCGCGCGCAUAACCCAAGCGCUUCCCUUGUAAAUAAUUAAUGAGCAGAGACAACUUGGAGACGACUGGGGACGAGUCAGCGUUAAUCCAAAAAAGACGCGGCAAUGAUUGCCCAGCCAUAUUUUGCUACUCACUUGAUAAAUUGAAAAAUCUAACUAAGGAGGUGCGAUAAAACUCUCAAAGUUAAAAUACAAAUGCUCAUUAUGUUCUUUUUGUUCGCUUUUUUUUUUAUUUCAAAGAACUUUUGUAAGCAUAGUGAAAGAUGGCCGCCAUUAUCCGAGAUGAAGUUGUUCAUGGGUGAAGCGGGAAAGUCUUGUGUAGAAGUUUGCAAAAUGUCUGGUGAGUUAAAUAACGUGUAUUGUAACACUAUCUAUACAUCCUCGGAGACCUAGGGGCAGAUAGUGGGUGCGAGGGAAAGUCUAAACGGGCGGAAAAAUAUGGCACGAAGAAGAAAAGCAGAGAACGACGAGUAGAGCCCCUGGGGACAAUGUCUUACCAGACCAGUUCCAAACUGUCGCGGUCGUUCUGGCUUCUGAUUGGUGCCAGAAAACUUUUGUGUUUUUCUGCCCAAUCAGAAGGCAGAACGGCGGCGACCGUUUGGAACUGGUCUGAUAAGACCAGAGGCUCUUCUCGCCGUUCUUUACUUUUCUUCGUGCCAUAUUUUCCCACCCGUUUAGACUUUUCCUCGCCCCCACUAUCUCCCCCUGGGUCUCCGAGGAUGCUAUCUAUACGGCUCUGCUAUCUCGGUCGCUGUGGAAGUGUAGGACAGGGGGGCGGGAGACCGAGGGAAGGGGGGGGGGUGGAGGAAGAAGAAAAGGGCAGGAGGUGAAAAUUCUAAAAGGAUGGGAAGCGGGAGAAAUAGGAAAAGUAACGUAACAAUUGGUAAUAUUUUGGCAUUCGAACUAAAGGGCUAAAAGGAGAAAGCGAACUAUAGGAACGGGAAGUACAGGAGACGGGAGGUCUGGACCCCCUGCGCCCCCCUCCCCUCCCCCCACCCCGCUUAAGGGUUCACUCUAGAACCAUUGGAGCACUUUUUGUUCCUUCCUGCCAUGUUUUUAUGAAUUUUAUCAAUUUAGACGUCUUCAGUAUUCAGACUGCGCUAUUUUUUUCAGUAAACAAAUGCGUAAAUUUUUUUUGUAUGUGAAACCCUUUUUGGCAAAUUACCUUUCAACUGGAAAAGCUGUUUUUUUUAGUUUUUGCUCAUAAACUACUCCAAGCGCACGUGGUGAAACGUUUAGACCAAAAAUACGUCACUGCACUUGCAAAAUAUGUAUACCUACCCCUCCCCUGACAUAACGUUGACACUAAAUUCUCAGUAAUCAGCAAAAUUUUGGAUUUAAGACUAGUGGAGGGGGAUAAGAGGGCACUUGGGUUGUAGUCUACUUAAAAGGCGUUGUUUUUUUUCGCGUUUUUCAGGCGAGCUAAGUCAAGCACGAAGCGAGCGAGGAGCGCCAGACCCCCAGUCGCGCGCGUCUGGCGCUCCUCGCUCGCUUUGCGCUUGCUUUAACUCGCCUGAAAAACACGAGAAUAUAACUCCAUUUAUGCAGGCUACCUGGAUGGAUUUAUUUGCAGCAUAUGCGUUGGCCGUCGCCUUUAUCUGGAGUAACUUUUUUUUUUUUCAGUUCAAAAUUAAAACAAUAAAAAAAAUUCCGGCGAGCAAAUGAGUGAAUCCACUCCAAGAAUCGUAUGAUUUGCUGCACGUGCAAAAUAUUGUUGUGUUCACCCAACUAGACAAAACGGUGUUGUACAACACAUGUUUCCCUUGUAUUUGGAUAUAUAUUGUACAAAUUUUCCCAAAAAUCUUGUUAAAUUAAAUUUCAGGGUUAUUGUUCUUUCUUGGGCGAGUUUUUAACUCAUUUUUUCCUAGAUCGCCCAACUAAAACAAGGGAUUUAAUUUCUGUUUUCUCUCGACGCUUCUUUUCGCCCCUGGUAAGACUAAUAGUCACAAGACAACAUCAUAACAAGCAAGUUAAACGAAAUAAAUAACAAACAAAUUUAGCAAAUACGAAUUUCGACGGGUGUAGGAGUUUGAUAGCCAUGUUCUAGUUCGUUUAUUGAUCAUGAUAUUUUGCCGUUAAUUUAGAUCUCCUGUGUGAACCUUCUUACUUUGAAGAUGUCAAUAGUGGGGAACAAUUAGAACAGUAAGUGUCUUAGUUAGAUUUGGCCGCUGUGCGACUGUUAUUUUUAUUUCCUUGAAGGUUACGUUCUGAAUUUGUCUUGGUGCAGCAAAAUAUGCAUUCUCUGAAAUUAGUUGGCGGUCUUUCUGCUGCCCAUUAAAACACAAAGCGAAUGCGGCCGAAGAGUGCAUCUUAAAUUAAACAAAUCAUAUUUCAUAAUUUGUUGAAGUUCAGAUGAGGAGCAUUUAAAAUGUGAAAGAGCUCUUUUAUUUGGAAGCAAUGAAAGUAUAUAUACACUCACCUCGUCUGUUUUUAGUCCUUGCUUAUUUUGAACGCAGUCGGGAAGAAACAAACCCACGAAACGAAGACAUUCCGCUCUGUUGUCCUUGGCCAAGCCGUUAGGCGUGGGCAUUUGCACGAUGACGUCAUUUUACUUCUACGACCAAAAUCCUUCAGGGUUUUGCUUUCUUGUGCAAAUUAAGACUUUUGUUUUUCAAACCUCGCUGGGAUUACCAAAUUAAGGCCCUGCUUAUGUAUGGUGAAAAAAUAACCCUCCUUUACAUGCAAUCUUACAACACUUUCUCAAGAUUAUUGAAUGGUCACUAAGCACGUAAACAAGAAAAAUGCUGGGAAACCACGUGUUAUGAUGAUUAAUGCUCUUCUACACUCACCAUAGGUUUUCAUCCACAGACUCAAAAGUUAGAACCACAUUGUACAGCAUAAUAAACAGUACCACAGUAAAGUACAGCCCAGUAGCUUUCAUGUGAAUGGUCACACUAUAGAAUUUCGUCCACAGAUUAAAAAGUCAGAACCACCUCUCAAGACUGCAUUUUCACUCUGGAGAGGAAGUGACACAAAAAUGUUUCUUCUUGCAGGUUUGGAGUAAAAUGUGGCUCAGUUAAAACAGAGGAAUCCCUCUUGGCUCCUUGCUACAGCACGUCAACUAAGGCAUGUACCUUGCAGAGAUUUCCUCUUCUCUUCAGCUGC